AUGGAUUUGUUGAAACUAGCUUUUGUCUACUUAACUGAUAACUUGGCUAACUUUGUUGAAACAGAAAAUGUUAUUCAUCUGUCGAAGAUAGAACUUCUGAAUAUCAUUUUAAAAGAUGACUUGAACUGUAAAGAAGAUAAUAUUGUUAAACUCGCCAUGAAGUGGAUCGAACAUAAUAACCCGGAUGAAGAUGACGUCAGGGGUAUUUUUGAGAAAAUACGGUUAGAUAUUGUUGAUUCGCAAUUUCUAAUUAAAGAAGUUGUGAUUUCGAAUGUUGUUUGUAAAAGCGUAACAGCUGUGUCAGGUGGAGCAGCUCGUUUGAGCUCGGCAAUGUCACGUGUCACCGAUGUUUACGUACUCCAUUGUAACAAGAAGUCACUUCUGUGUUGCUUCACGUCAGACGACAAGUGGGAAGACGUCCCACGAGCCCCAGUAGAUCCUGGAGCUUGGUAUUCAGCAGCAAGUCUGGGUGACAAGAUCUAUAUCACUGGUGGUAAUUACAAACCAACAUGUACAUUGAUUUACGACAUCAUUAGAAAGGUGUGGAGAAUAGGUCCAGAUCUCAACCAAAAACGCAAUGAUCACUGUAUGGCUACAGCUGGUUCUAAAGUGUACGCUAUUGGUGGUUAUAAUAGCAAUAGUAUAGAAGAAAUAAGCGACAGUGUCAAACACUGGCAGGUUGUUGGAGACCUGGGACGAAAGAGACAAGAUGCCUUCCCUGUUACAGUUGGUGAGAACAUUUUCGUUAUGGGAGGAGGAAUAGGCGGAAACACAUCAGAUGUUAUCCAGUGUUUCAACACAAGAACUCGCACUGUCAGCACACUAAACACACUGCUGCCACUAAGAGGUUAUGUACAUCUCCCUGAUGUUUAUCUGUUAGACUAUGACGGCAACGUGAUGCACAUCCAGGUCACUGACAGAGAUGGAGAAAUCGGGAUUGAAAAGAAAUUAACAACAAAAUGGAAAUCAUUUGGAUAUAGGUUUGGUGUAAUACACCGAGACGGAAGCUUGCUGUGUUGUAUAGGAGAUGGAAUCAGGAAGUUCAGCCUGGCUGAAGGUAAAGAAGAGAGUACAUUCCCCAAGCCACCUAGUUUUUUUUCUGUGUUCAACGUACUGUUAGUGUGUACUUUUAAACGCUGA